AUUUAAUUUAUGAGUCAGAAAAGGUAAGAUGGCAGGAAUCUUUUGUAAAUGAGAAAUAUUGAAUUUAAGCUUGCCAUUGAUCUCUCUGUUGAUGGAUCUUGCUUAUAUAAAUAAGGAUUAACUGAAGUUAUUUGUUUAGUCUAAGGACCAAGAGCUGUAAAUAUAUGGUUUAUUAAAGAAAACAUAAUCAGAAUUAUUGCUAAUUGAAUAUUCUGUUUCACCAUUUAGUAAUAUUGAAUCAAAAAGGAGUUCUAAAUUUGAUAAAGAUUAUUCAAUGUUUGCUGAAAACCUUAAAGAAUCUUUUGAAAAUCUUAUCAUAUUAGAUGAAAAUGGAAAAUCAGAAAUCUCGAUUUCAGUCUGUGUUAUAUAAAAUGAUGGAAGUUCCAAAAGUGCUGUUUUUAAUGCAAUUACUUUAGCAUUAUUAGAUGCUGGUGUUUCUAUGAAAGAUUUUCUUGUUUCAGUCACAGUUGGCUUAGAUUAAGGCAAUUUAAUAUUGGAUUUGACUUAAGAAGAGAGUAAAACAGCUUAAGGUGAACUAACAAUAUCCUAUCAGUCAAGAACAUAGAAAAUUGACUUUUAUGAAUUAAAAACAUUAAAAUUAUAAUAGUAGGAAAUGGAUUCAUUAAGUAAAUUAGCUGUGACAAAAGCAGAUGAAAUCUAUUAAUGGAUGAAGGAAGAAAUCUUUUAAAUCAAGCAAAAAUAGAUAGAUUUAUGA